AUGAGUGCAGAGAAUGCUCGUAGCGAUUUCAUAAAAUUCUCGCAUUGCGCAUUGAAUGCUCUGGAUUUGUAUGAUGAGAAGAGCGGUUUGGUGCAAUAUUUGUUCGGACCCAAAAGAUCGAUUGGUGGUGAGUUUUUUGGCUCAGAGAGCACGUUUUCUUGCGAAAACCCAAAAAUUGUCUUUCAGAUGUUAUUCAGCGAGCUUGCGAAGAUGAAAGUCAACAAAACGAGAUACGCGACACGAUUUUGGCCACAAUCAAUGGAAUUUAUAUGGAUUUGUUGAAAGAUUGUGAAAAAAUAUCUGAAACUGGGUAUUUUUUUUGACUUUUAAAAUAAAAAAACCUUUUAAAACCCUUAAAAAACCUAUUUUUUGCAGAAUUCAACAUGAAUUAUUUCGAAAACUGGCGCUUCGAAUGGAUAUUCUACAAGACAUCGAUUUGGCCUAUCAGAAAGUGGCGAAUUUGAAGCAUCCCCAGAUUGAUGAGUAUUUCGAGGCCGCCAAAUCGGAAGUGAAUCGAACUUAUGAGCGCGCGAAAACAUCGCCAAUGUGGAAGCGGGUGUUGACACCGGCAAUGUUGGAAUAUUAUUUGAAUAUCGGCGAAAACGUGGAUAAUAAUUCGAAAAACUCCUUGAAAACCUCUCCAGAAGAUGCGCAAUUUUAUGCGCGAGACGACGGAGUUGUGACAAGUUUGGCACACGAAAAAGCGCUGAAUGAUACGGAUCGAAAGAAGCGGGGAUUUGUGUCGAAGUUGGAGCAGAUUUUGAUCAAUUAUCAGAAUAAACGAGAGGAUUCGAGGGUUUUGCGAGAGUUUUUGGAGAGAUUGGAGAUUUGGGAGGGAUGGCAGUUGGAUGGAUAUGAGGCGGCGAGAUUGACUGAUGGGUGAGCGAGGAAUAGGCGAGGAUGCUUGAGAACUAAACCUUCUAGGCGCUGAUCCUAGACAAUCAGGUUGUUAAGGCGCAGCUACUUGAAAUCUGUGAUCUCUAGGCGUGGCUACUUGACAUUGAAGCUCUCAAGGCGGGGCUACUUGAAAUAGGGGCUCUCAAGGUGUGGGUCCUAAACAAUUAGGUUGUUAAGGCGCAGCUACUUGAGAGCUACGCUUUCUAGAGUCAGCUACUUGAGAAAUAGGUCUUCUAGGCGCUGAUCCUUGAAAAUUGAGCUUUCUAGUCGCAACUACUUGCAAUUUAUGAUCUCUAGGCGCGGCUGCUUGAGAGCUAGACCUUCUAGGCGCUGAUCCUAGACAAUUUGAUUUUCUAGAAGUGACUACUUGAAAUAGGGGCUCUCAAGGUGUGGGACCUAGACAAUUAGGUUUUUCGUGCGUGAAGCUCGAGAAAUAGGUCUUCUAGGCGCUGAUCCUUGAAAAUUGAGAUUUCUAGUCGCAGCUACUAGAAGUCUAUAAUCUCUAGGCGCGGCUACUUGAGAACUAGAACUUUUUGGCGCUGAUUCUUGAAAAUUGGGUUUUCUAGGAGUGGCUACUUGAAAUCCAUGAUCUCAAGGCGCGGCUGCUUGACAUAGCAAAUAUCAAGGUGAAAAUUGGGGAAAAGUUCUCAUUUUCACCACUUUUGAGUCAAAUUUUGAUUUAAAAAUUCUAACAAAAAAAAUACGUUUCAAUAUCUUUAUAUAAUUUAUUAUCAAAUGUUUCUUUCAAUUUAUUUUUUAGUUUCAUAAUUGAGAAUAAAUCAACACCACAAUUGUCAAAAUUUGGAUGAAAAUGGAAAUUUCAAGCACUCUCAUAGUGUACAAAGCUGAAAAAAAUUUUAAAAAAUAAUUUUUUUUGCAGCCUUAUGAAUAUUUGGGACACCGCACUCGACAGCAAAUUCGACAAACAACACCGCCAUCUUUUCACCGAAAUCCUCCGAAAAUUCUAUCUGAUUUUAACCAACGAAAAGAAGCAUGUAUUCGCCACAAAAAUAUUGGCAAAAUAUCGAAGUUUGGGUAAAAUUCUGCCGAAUUUGGAGAAUUUCAUCGAAAAUUAUCAGACGAAAUUGACGGAAUGCCUGAACGCGUUGCCAGCCGAUCAUCAACAAAUCAAUGCGAAUCCGGAGGAUUUCGAACGAGUCCGUCAAAAUUUGGGAUGGUAUUUAUUGGUCACACCGGCCACCACUCUACACCAAAUGAUGUCACAGUGUAUCACAGUCAAAAGUUUGGUUCCAGCAGUCAUUAAAGUUUGUAAAAGUGUGCCGGAACUGUUCAAAUAUGAUGUGAUUUUGACGACGACGACGGCGAAUUUCAGCGGACAUUUCGAUGCGGAACCCCUGGUGAUUUGUAUUUUGAAAAGGAUUAUUUCGUUGGGAAGAACGAGUUGGGCGACAUCGGGAGAGGAGUGGGAUAAUUUGGCGUAUUUGGCGAUGGCUUUCACCAAGAGAGCGGUGGCGAAGAAUGGGGUGAGCCGGGGAAACUUGGCCACGUCAUAACUCAUAUUUUUCAACUGGUAGUUUUCAAAUCGCUGAUAUCACAAUGUCUAACAUGAGUUAUGACGUGGAUGCAAAUCUGAUAGCGUGUUCAGAAGUUCCCCUGAAAAAAUAUUUUCAGAAAAGUUUUUAAUUUGGAAAAAAAACUGAUUUUUCUCAAUUUUCAAAAAAAAAAGUUUCUUUGAGCUGAGAAAAAUUAUAAAUUUUUGCUAAAAUUUUAAAAGUUGAAUUUUGCCACGUGGAUUGUUUUGAGAAAAAAUAUUUUAAAAACUAUUUUGGUGGCCACCAAAAAUCUCCAUUUUUCAAAAUUUUGCCACGUCAUAACUCAUAUUAAAAGUUGAGAUACGCAGAAUUUCGAACAGAAUCAGCGGGGCACAAAUUGUAGUAUUCGAAACCCCGAGUUUCCCCUGGGAUUUUUAGCUUGAAAAAAAUACGUUUCAAAAAUUUUAUGAAUUUUGAAUUAUUUGAUUUUUCAACGAUUAAGUGUCUGUCAAGUACAUAAUUAAAAUAUUAAAGGGGGAACGGACUAAUAAAAAUUUUAUGGGAAAAAAUACACCAUCUGAAAGAGGAGGUUUCAUUUAGCAUGUUUCCACUUUUUCAAAAUUAUUUUUCACGUUUGAGUACUAUUUUUCGUGUUUACGCGUGAAAAUAUGGUACGUAAACGUGAAAAAUAAUUAUGAAAAUUUGGGACCAUACUAAACGAAAUUUCCUCUUUCAGAUGGUAUAUUUUUUUCCUAUAAAAUUUUGAUUAGUCCGCACCCCCUUUCAUAUUUUAAUUAUGUACUUGACAGACCAUUAAUCGUUGAAAAAUCAAAUUAUUCAAAAUUCAUGUAAUUUUUGAAACGUAUUUUUUUAAAGCCUAAAAUCUCAGCGGAAACUUGGAAUUUCAAAUACUACAAUUUAUCUCCCGCUGAUUCUGUUCGAAAUUCUGCAUAUCUCGACUUCUAAUAUGAGUUAUGACGUGGCAAAAUUUUGAAAUCAGGAGAACCCGAGAAAUACGUUUCAAAAAUUGCAUGAAUUUUGAAUUAUUUGAUUUUUCAACGAUAACGCUUCUUGUAUCAACAUUUAUCAUAAUUUCAAAAUAUUCAUCGAAAAUAUUAAUAUUGCAGGAAUCUGAAAUUCCACUUCUCGAAAGUUUCGAACUCAUUCAAUUGGCGAAAAAAGAGAUUGUCAACAAACAAUCAGCACAAGCCGUCGAAUCGUUUGCCAAAUUGCUCAGCCGCCUUCUCGCCAACAACAGCAACAACAAACUAAAUGCGAAUUUCGAGUUCUCGACAAUUUUGGGUCAGAAAAAUAUGCCGAAAAACAUGCUAGCCGCACCCGAAUUGAUUUUUCUCCUCCACGAUUUGUUGGUGGAAAACGAUACGAAAGAGACGGCGGAAUAUUGUCGAGAAACGCUGAAAUCGUUGGCGGGAAGAAUGGCGGAUGUGCGGUUUGAGGAGAAGACGAGCAAAUUCUUCGAGCAACGAUUCAAUUCGAGCGGUUGGUGGGUGAAAUAUGCGAUUUUUGCCUGGUUUCACGCGUCGUUGGGAGAUUUGAAACGACAGGUGAGGUUUUGGGCUGAAAAUUGAUUUUUAGGGCUGAAAAUUCGGGUCAAAAUUUGAAAAAUUGACCCAAAAUGAGCUAAAAUGUGGAUUAUUGACAAAAAAGCCUCCCUAAGCGCGGCUUCUUGAGAAUUGUUACCUAUAGGUUCGGCUACUUGUGAACUAGGCUCUCUAGGCGCGGCUGCUUGAUAGCUAGGCUCUCUAGGCGAGGCUGCUUGUGACCCCUACUCUCUAGGCGCGGCUACUUGAGAACCCUGCUCUCUAGGCACGGCUACUUGGGGACUAGGCUCUCUAGGCGCGGCUGUUUGAGAGCUAGGCUCUCUAGUCGCGGUUUCUUGUGACCCCUGAUCUCAAGGCGUGACUCUGAUAAAUUACUCACACCUCGGCAAAUCCGUGGUUGGCCAGAGUGCAAUUUCUGAAUUUCAGUUUUCAGCUGGAAAAAUCACAAAUUUUAAGUGAAAAUUCAGUUUUCUUACUGUAAAAACCACGAUCUUGGCCUAGGUGUGAAAUUACUUUUAAAAAAUUAGCUGUCGAAAAAUUAGCACAAGAUUUUUGUGGGAAAUUCACUGUUUCCAACAUUUUGUGCAUUUUUAAUAGCUCUAAUUUUAUAUCUAGGUGAAAAUUAGUUUUAAAAAAUUAAUUUUUUCUGGAAUCUGCGCUGAAAAUAUGUUCAGAAUUGAAUUGUAGGUUGAAAAAUAGUGAGAAUUUGGAAUUUUUCGAAAAAACACAAGAUUUUUUUGGUGAAAAAUUCACUGUUUCCAACAUUUUGUGCAUUUUUAAUUGAAAAUCAUUUUGAAGUAUACCUUUUUAAAAUCCAAAAUUUCAAGCGAAAUCUACUUCCAGCUCCAGAAAACCAACCUUAUUAUUGUUGAAACGUAUUCUUCCCCCGAUUUCUAGUCCUCCAAAUUUCAGAUUCCAUCUGGUCUCUAUAUCUCGAUUCCCGAUGCAAUCAAAGAUCGUUUCGAGCAAAUCAUCUCAUCCGAUUAUCAAUCAUCAGCCGCCGAAUGCUACUUGAAAAGCAUCUUCGAACUUGGCUUCUUCGACAUCGAUUUGGCCAUCGAACAAUUGAAUUAUGGAUUUGACAAGAAAUUGGAAGACGCUGAUUGUUUGGAGAAAAUGGCCUUAGCUCUUGUUGAUUGCUACGGCAAAAGAUUGGCGAAAAAACGAAGUGGAGCGGUGGAUUUGACGAAAUUGAUCAAAGCGAUGUUGAACAUAUUGGAACCGUCGAAAUCUUUCAAGAAAUUGGAAAUUUGGACGGCAUCGAUGUAUGAGGCAAUUAAGGAUAUUGAUUAUUUAUUGGUUAUGGCGAAAGCGGUCAAAAUUGCGUUUGAAAGGGUAAAUAACAUUAAAAAUAUUGAUUUUUGAGCGGAAAAUGUUGAAAAAUUGAUUUUUUAAACGUUGAAAGAUCAAUUCACGAAAGGUCAUAGGUCAAAAUUAAUUUUUCAAAGUUUUUCAGUCAAAAAUGAUGACCAAUCGAGAUUUUUGAAGGUUCUGGGGUGAUUUCUGAUGAAAACUGACCUUGCUGAUUUUUCGUAAAAUUAAAAAUUUUUUUUCAUCAGAAAUCACUCCAGAAGCUUCAUAAAUCUCGAUUUGUCAUCAUUUUUGGCUGAAAAACUGGAAAAACUAAUUUUGACUUUUUUGACUUUUCGUGAAGUGAUCUCUCAAUUAAAAAAAAAACAUUUUUUUUGAAAUAUUUUCCGUUCGCGAAUCAGCCCUGUUGAAUAAAAACCGAAUUUUUGAGCGGAAAAUGUUGAAAAGUUGAUUUUUUCCACCCAAAAAACCUGAAAUUUCCAGCAACACGCAAUGAGUUAUCGUGACACAACCGGAAUUGCCGAAAAAUCGUUUGACGAAAUCCUCACCGCCCCACAGAUCGCUCAACAAUUGAUUUCGAUCUAUUGUCAAGCGGCUCGAAAACACAUUGAGACUGAAAUCGAGGAAACACAACAAUUGAGAACGGAAGCGAGAAAAGUGAUUUUUGAGAGCACCGAUACAAUGUUAGUUGAUUUUUGUUUUGGGAAAAUUGUAGUAUUGCUCAUGUUAUAGUUUAAAAAACUGGGGAAUAUUGGGAAUUUUUUAAUUAUGGUUCAACAAUUGUAAAAUCAAGGGCAUUGCUCAUGUUAGAGCUCAAAAAACUGGUGAAAAUAGAUCAUUUCUUAAUUAUGUUUAAAAAACCUAGAAAUUCAAAAAAAAAAUCAAAAUUGAAAAUAAUUGAGCAUUGUUCAUGUUAUUUAGAUUUUUUAAUGAAAAUAUUGCAGCAUUGCUCAUGUUAGAGUUUUAAAUCUAGUUACAAUUGGGCAUUUCUAAAUAAUUUUAUGAAAAAUUCAAAAUUAAGAACAUUGCUCAUGUUAGUCUCAAGAAAUUAAAAUUUAAUUUCUCUAUUUUUUUCUCCCUGAAUUUUAUACGUUUCAAAAAAUUGAUGAAUGUUUCCAGGAGUUUUAUUUUUUAAUAUCAUAAUUGUAGUGCUUUAAAGUGAAAAGUUCGCCAAUUCUGGAAAAUUAGGCAUUGCUCAUAUUAUACUUCACGAUAUCCUGGAAGUUCAUAAAAUACCAUUGCUCAGAUUAAUCCUCAACUUUUUCAAAAACAAAGUCUGGAAAUGUUUUUUUUCUAAAAUAUUAUACGUUUCAAAAAAUUGAUAAAUGGUUUCAGAAUUUUUCUUUUUUAAUACUUCUGUGGAAUCUCUUUUCAUGAAGAAAAAAAACCAAAUAAUUGCUCAGAUUAAUUCUUUUUUUGCAGAAACGAAGGCUGGAAAUUGAAGCUGAAACUCGAGCGAAAAGAGCAAAAACAAAUGCAACAAUUGACAUCGAUCUUCAACGAAUCUUGCUCAUUUACUCGCCAAAUGCGCGAAAUUCCCAUCUGCCUUCAACAACUUCUCACAUUGAUCGCUCAACAAAUGUUGCAAGUUCAAGAUUUUGCCACAAAUCGAUGUUUGGACGAAGUGUUGACGGAAAAAACGAAAGUCGAAUUGGUCUACGCGUUUACUAGUCAAUUACCACCGGUUGGAAUCCCACCGCCUCCGUCGCCGAUUGAAAAUGUGAAAAAAGUGGAACAGAAUCAACAGAUUGCUCAUGUUCCACCGACUUUUGUUGAAAAUGCAAUGUUUAAUGGAGCAGGUGAGGAGAUUUCGAAUUUUUUUUUUGGGAUUUUCAGAUUUGAGCUCUUUUAAAAACGUUCAAAUUUGGCUUUUUCGGUGCAGAAGGUCAGGAGUUCGAUCCCCAUCCGAGGCACACAUUUUUUUGUUUUCUAGCUCAAAAUUUUUCAAAAAUCACGAUUUCGGGCUCAAAAUGCUCCAAAUUUAGGCUCAAAUUUAAAAAUUAUUUGAAAAUUUAUGAAUAUUGACCUAGGAACCUUGACAUUCAGUUUCUAGGCUAUUUUUUCCAUAACUUCAUCAGGAAUUUUUCGAAUUUUCCGAUUUUUCGGGUUUCCAGAUCCAAAAAUCGGAGAAAAUUUGGAAAAUUGGAUUUCAAUUCUCUUUUUUUUACGAUUUUUAAGCUCUAAAAUUUAAAUCAUUUUUAAGGAAAAAUGAGAUUUUCUUUAGAUUUUGUCAAAAUUUCAGUUUUCUAUCUUGAAAUUUAUGAAAAAAAAACAUUUUUUUGAAAAAUUCAGCUUCAAUUCGGAAAAAAUUCUAAUUUCUAAUUUCUCAAAAAAGUUUCUCGUGCUCAAAAUUUUUUUCAGAAAAAUUUUUUUUGUGAAAAAAUUUAUAACUUCAAAACAGUUUUUUUCAAAUUUGAGCUAAAAUUUUCUGAGAAUCCACGUGGUUUUGAAAUGUAUUUUUUUGCCUUUGCACGCUUCUGUCCUUUCCAGCUUCAACAUCAAAACAAGGCGCCAUGCGAAGAUAUUCAGAAGAUGAAAAUGGUCCGCGAUAUUCCACCGCCACUCAUCAAAAUCCAAAUCCAAAUCGAAAUAAUUACAAUCGAAGUUGGGUGAAAGGAUCGAGAUCGAAUCCGAAUCAACAGCAUAAACGAGUUUCGGACCCUCAUAAUUUGCCACCGGCUGAAAGACAAGAAUUUGUGAAUCGAAGUCGACGAAACAAUCAUCACAAUCAGAAUCAGAGAAAUCGUCAAACAUCGAUGAAUAAUCAAUAUAAUGAGCAAUCGGAAAAUGAGUGAGCCUCUUUUCAAUUUUUUGAUCACUUUUUCAGAAUUUUUCUGAAAUUCCACGCUUUUUUGCAGAUUUGUGAAUGAGAUUUAUUCGAAUUUCGACAAUUUCCAACACAAGGAACAUCUUCAUCAUCAUCAGCAGCAACAAUAUUCGCCGCGCAGUGAAAAUAGAUAUUGUGAGCUUUUUUUCGUCGUGAUUUUGAUUUUGCAAAUGCGCUCUGUUGAGAAUUGCGGGAUUUUUAGUGAAAUUUGGGUUUAAAAUGAUCUGAAAAUUGAAAAAAAUUGAGAUUUUCAUAUUUCACGUGGAAUUUUGACUCAAAAAAGUCUGGAAAUUUUCAGAUUCCACGUGGAAUUUUCAGAUGAAGUUUCAGGCUGAAAAUGGUCGAAACGCUGAAAUUCAUGAAAAAUUGAAAUUAUCAGUUUCCACGUGGAUUUUGGAUUUUUCAGAUGAAAUUUUGGGCUGAAAAUGCUGAAAUUCAUGAAAAAUUGAAAUUUUCAGUUAAAAAUUUCAACAUAACGUGUAAUUUUGGCUGAAAAAGUAAAAAUGCUCCAAAUUUUGAGUCCAAAAACCAUGAAAAAUUGAAUUUUCAGUGGUUUUCCAGUGAAAUGUUGGGCUGAAAAUAGUAAUAAUGCUGAAAUUUAGGAAAAAUUUCAAUUUUUCGUUGAAAUUUCGGCUCAAAAAAGUCUGAAAAUUUUCAAAUUCCACGUGUAAUUUUCAGAUGAAAUUAGUAAAAAUGCUGAAAUUCAUGAUUUUCAUCAAUCUUUUCCAGCAUCCACAUAUUCCGAAGGCGCACAAGCCGCAAUCGACAAUUUGACAAGCGAGAAAUUGCACGCCGUGUUAGAACGAACAGCGGCCGAGAAGGCGGCGCCGAAAGCUCGGCCAGCAUAUUCGGGCCGCGGCGGCCGUGGCCGACAAAAUUGA